AGUCUGGGCGUGCCCACCUCGGGGGCGUGGCCCGCUGGCGGCAGGGGCGCCCACUCCCCCAGCCCGCGCCGGGAUGGCGCUGGGGCUCCGCGGGCGACGGGCUUCUGGGAAGGGACUAGCCUCGGAGACCCCAGCGACCUCAACAGCAGCUUCCGGUGCAGCGGGCUCCCGCCGCUUCCGGCUCUGUCUCUACCUGGUAGGCUUUUUGGACUUGUUUGCUGUCAGUAUGGUUGUCCCACUGUUGAGUCUUCAUGUCAAGUCCCUUGGAGUAAGUCCUGUAGUUGCUGGAGUGGUGGGCUCCACCUACGGUGCUUUGCAGCUCUUCUCCAGCACCUUUGUGGGCUGCUGGAGUGAUGUGGUCGGAAGAAGGUCCUCCUUGCUGGUCUGCAUUCUACUCAGUGCCCUGGGUUAUCUCCUCCUUGGAGUAUCCACCAACGUGUUCCUGUUUACGCUGGCUAGAGUCCCUGUGGGUGUUUUUAAACACACCCUCUCCAUCUCCAGGGCACUGCUUUCUGACCUGGUCACAGAGAAGGAGCGUCCACUAGUGCUGGGACAGUUCAACACAGCCUCGGGUGUAGGCUUCAUCUUGGGCCCCAUGGUUGGUGGGUAUCUGACGGAACUGGAUGGUGGCUUCUACGUGACGGCUUUAAUCUGCUCCUCCGUCUUCCUUCUCAAUGCUGGUCUCGUUUGGCUGUCACCCUGGAAAGAAACAAACCUCAACAGCGCAGGGAAUGGGUGGAGCUGGACUCAGGAGCGUGCUGCAGCCCCCAGAAAAUCGGAAGGUACACCGCAGGGAGCAGCCACCACCCCUAAGGUCAGGAGGACUGAGACCAAAGUGCAGAGGCCCUGGGUUGAAGUCACGUCGGCCUUGAAGGACAUGAAGAGCCUCAUAUUUUCUGCAUUAUGGGACAUAUUUCUCGUGCGCUUGUUGAUGGGGGUGGCCGUCAUGCUGUACUACAGUAACUUCGUCUUGGCCCUGGAGGAGCGUUUCGGGGUGCGGCCCAAGACCACAGGAUACCUCAUCAGCUACACCAGUGCCCUGGGCACCCUGGCUGGCUUCGCUGUGGGGCCCAUUCUACAGCUGUACAAGCACGACUCGUACAUGGUCCUGCUGCACUCCAGCGUGCUCACCUGCCUGCUGCUGCUGCUCUACUCUGUGGCCAGCACCAUGGGUGUGGUGGUCUUUUCCUCCACACUCCUGUCCUUCUCCACCAGCAUCGGGAGAACCUGCACCACUGACCUCCAGCUGAGUGCCGGCGGGGCCCAGGCCAGUGGCACUGUCAUAGGUGUGGGCCAGUCUGUGACUGCCGUGAGCCGUAUCAUUGCCCCUCUCCUCUCAGGAGUCGUCCAAGAGAUCAGUCCCUGUGGCCCCCCAAGCCUGGGUGUGGCUUUAGCCCUGGUGGCUAUUUUAAUCAUGUCACUAAGCAAACCAGAUUCCAGGGGGCAUGGGAGUAAGGUACUAAAAAGGGAGUAGGAUGGAUUGGGACCACUUGGAGAAGCAGAACUAGAACUGGGCAAAUCAGGGACAGGGACUGGUCAGAAGGGCGUUUCAGAGAUGGUGGCUCAUCUAAGUGCAGUCGCUUCCAGGUGGCUGUGGCCAGUCCUCAGCUGCACAGGCAUGCCAGCGGGACCACCAGAAGUAAGCUGCAGACAGGAAGGUUUAGAUUGAGCACAGCUCUGCCAGGGGUCCAUAUCCACAGCCUACCCGGAUGGCUUCUCUCCCUCCUGGGCCAGUAAUGUUAGCAUUUGCUGCUGGGGAAAGGCAGCGCGCUACAGAAGGGGAAGAUGGUGGUGGGGGAGCAUUGGGGUGUGGAGGAUGGGAGAAGCCAUGUCCCAAAGAAAAUAGGUGCUGGCCACCUCUCUGGAGCGCAGGUUUCCUGCUAAACCCAGGAGCCACAAGGAGCUGGGAGGAGCUGCUUUAUUUAAACCAACCUAUUGCUUUCUCCACUCUUUAAAAAAGAAGUCAGAUGCUGAGCUCACCCCAAGACACAUAGAUGCACAGGCCCUGCAAGGCCAAAUCUGGGGUUUUACUCCUCCGGUGGCCAUUUCUGGUGGAGGGGGAGGAGCACUGUGAGGUGUACUAGUUUCGAUUGAAGUAAAAGCCAGAGACAGCACUGUUUCAGUAGCUAACUGCACAUGCCCCUGAGCUUGCUGCCUGCCACGGUGGUAGAUCACCUUUCUCACCCCUCAGGAACCAGUCUGCAUUAGAAAGAAGCAGCUUUCCAGGUGGCUGCUCUCCUCUUUAAGGCUAAAUCACUAGACUUUGAGAAGAUUUGGGAUCCCAGAUGCUGGGGCUCUGGGGAAUUGUGUCAUCCUGGUGUUAACAUGGUGGCCAUGAAGAAAACAACACAGAGUGCUGUUGAAACAGAUGUUGUAUACAGAGAAAGGGCCAAGGCCAUCCCAGGCCCGGGAGAGGUGACUCUACUUGGCUUUUAAAAGUCACUCAUUUGCUUUAUUUUGUUUUACUCUGGUGCCUGGGAAGAGCCAGGUUGACUCAUGAGAGUGUGGAUACACCCUUCCCUGUGACUCCAAGCCACCAUUUUACUAGCACCCAGGAGAGGUUCAAGACAGGGCUUCACAGACUCACAUGGGCCAGCCUGUUGACCACGGGAUCACAUUGAUUGUUUCAGAGCACUGUCUAGGGGCCUGCCCUCUCACACACAUUCCAAAUCACAUUCCUUUUAAUCCUCUUGAUUAUUCCACUAAUUUUCACCCUAAUAUAACACAUAAUCAUAAGUGGUAUUUAAUGCGCUAGUAUUUCUUAACUCUAAUGUUUACUAUUUAUAAAUCAGUAAAGGUGUUUCCACAGUUUUAAAAGUUGUAGGUGGGAUAAACUCAAAUAUUUAUGAGAGUUAAAACUACUUUUUAGCGUGAAUGUUAUCCCUUUUCCUCUUCAGCUUACAAAAAAUAUAAGUUCUCUUUUAAGUUGGUUCUGCUGUGAAUUUAACACAGGAGGAAAGAAUUCUUAAGAGACCAAAGCAUGGCAUGAACGGCCAUGCUCUCAUGCAGCAUCUAAAUGUCAUGGAGACUGGGCUCAGAAAGACCAUAAAUGUGUCGUCCUCAUGAUGUAAAGAAGGAAGGUUUCAGAAGUGUUUCUCAAAAGACUGUGCACUCAGAGACAGUGCAGUUUCCUAAAAAUGGUAUGGUAGCCAUGUUUGUUUAUUAAGACCAUAGCACUUUGUUUUUUAAGCCAAACCUAUAAACUUAGAGAGGCUUUGAAAUUAAUAAGACACAUGGAAACCAGAAUCAACAGGUAUCUAGAGAAACACUGUUGUCCUAUAUUCUGUGACCUUAGUGAUUUGUUAAUCUGAUGGUUGUUUCUUAGUUUGUCUGCUUUGGUAUGUUGCUUUAUUUUAUUUUGUCUUAUCUAAUGUCUUGUUCUAAGUGUGGUCUAUAGACCACCAUGUCCUGGAAAAUUUACAUGCCUCAGCCCCAGCACAUUCCUGCUAGGGACCACUUUGAGGAGCUGUCUAGCUGAUUUGUGUGCACAGAACGCUUUGGCAGCCCUUGGUCUGGUGAGUGGAAUUUAUGUUUUAUGGGAUAAAAAUCUCAGGGAAAUUAAAUCUUCUCGGUUAACUUGUA